AACUUAAUUAGGGUUUAGACAUUUAAUUAGCAAAUUCUGAGUUUCACUUGUUUAAGAGAAGAGCAAAAGCCUCUUUAUUGUUUCUAUUGCCGUCUACAUAUAUGUCUUCUCAGCCGAAUCAUCAAACUUCAAUAUCAAGUUUACUCCAUGAUCGCUUGCAUAUCCCUCCUGCAGAAACAAUCGUUGAGAAAGAUUCCGGAGACAAGGACGACACUUGUCAAUCACAAAGAAAAAGGAAGGAACUAGUUUUGCAUGAUGUUGUUGAUGGCUCAAGUAGUGGUGCAUCAAAGAAACAAGACCAUAACGCUAAGGAGCGUUUAAGGAGGAUGAGACUUCAUGCCUCUUACCUCACUCUCGGCACUCUUCUUCCUGAUCAUUCUUCUUCUUCCAAGAAGAAAUGGUCUGCACCGUCUAUAAUCGAUAAUGUAAUCACUUACAUUCCCAAGCUACAGAAUGAAGUUGGAGAGCUUACUCUCAGAAAGCAGAAGCUUGUGGAGUUAGAGAGACGAGGUCCUUCUAUUCGAGCAAUCUCGGUUCUUGAAUUGGGGGAAUCAGGUUAUGAGGCUGUUGUACAGAUAUGCUUGAAGAAAGAAAGCGAAGAUGAGUUCUCAAACUUGCUUCAUGUAAUGGAGCUGCAAGGUUUGAGUAUUUUAAGUGCUUCUACUUCUCUAGUUUGCCGAGAGCAAAGGGUGGUUUGUUACAACUUCCAUGUCAAGAUGGAUGAGAAGCCAUGUGAAGGUGAUGACUACAUCACAGUGUUAAAGAACAACAUCAUUUCUUCGCUUCGUGACAACACAAAAUGCAAAUGAAAUAUAUAGUGAGGUAUAGAAUCAACAGAAUAUCUUUGAUGAUGCAUAUCACAACUGUCAUUCCUCUCGAUCAUGUUUAAUUGGUUUCGUGUUUGAAAUCAUAUUUAGAUGUAGAAGUUAUGUCUAUCUCCCUAUGCAAAACCCCUUAUUAGUAUGCCUCAAGAUCACAAUCGAUUUCGAGUCUCGAUGUAAGAAAAGAGGCUAAUUUAC